AUGCCGAGGUCUUUUCUCGUGGAUUCCUUGAUUUUAAGAGAGGCCAACGACAAGGGGAGCGAGAACAACCCGCCUUUAUUCCCGUAUGCCGUGCACACGCCGCACCACCCGCACGGGAUGCCGGGCUCCUGCCACUCCAGGAAAGCCGGGCUGCUGUGCUUCUGUCCGCUGUGCAUGACCGCGUCCCAGCUGCACCCGUCGCCGCCGACGCUGCCGCUGCUCAAGGCGUCUUUCCCUCCUUUCAGCUCACAGUACUGCCACUCGGCCCUGUCGAGGCAACACUCCUCAUCCAACAGCGUCAACCUCAACCACGCACCGGGGAUAUACCAAGCCGCGUACUCGGUCCCAGACCCUCGACAGUUCCACUGCAUCUCCAUCGAAAACAGCAACGGCAAACUCCAGAGCAGCAAGCGCAUGCGCACAGCCUUCACCAGCACGCAACUUUUGGAGCUGGAGCGCGAAUUCACCUCCAACAUGUACCUCUCCAGACUGAGGCGCAUCGAGAUCGCCACAUACCUGAACUUGUCUGAGAAGCAGGUGAAAAUCUGGUUCCAGAACCGCAGAGUCAAGCACAAAAAGGAGGGCAAGAGCAGCGGCCAAAGGACUGGAUCACAUAACUGCAAAUGCUCGUCCCUGUCAGCCGCGAGGUGCUCGGAGGAAGAGGAGGAUGACAUUCCCAUAUCUCCCUCCUCGUCCGAGAAGGAGGACGUGGACCUGUCCGUCUCCCCCUGA